AUGGCGGUGCUUCCUGGCCGACUGACGUCCCAGUCCCGACUAGCAACGCAAACAUGCCAGACGACGUCGCUCCUCGGGCACUCCGCUAGGCAGAUACUAUAUCAUCCAGUUCUUGUCCGCUUCAUCGUUCAAUUUCUCGCCGGAAUUCGUCCGUCGCCCGAAUUAUUCUUCCUACCUGGAAAGCAAGACUCUGCGAUUGUCGCUUCUCCGCAAGACGCAGCCGUCGUCAUCAUGAAUAUCCUAGAAUGGGCCUUUGGCAAGCGCAUGACGCCGGCCGAGCGUUUACGCAAGAACCAGCGCAUGCUCGACAAGGCGAUUCGCGAACUCGACCAGACCCGCGUCAAGCUGGAGAAACAGGAGAAGACGCUGAUACAGCAGAUCAAGACGAGCGCCAAGAAUGGGCAGAUGGGGGCGUGCAAGAUCCAAGCCAAGGACCUGGUGCGCACACGGCGGUACAUUGAGAAGUUUUACGGCAUGCGUAGCCAGCUGCAAAAGAUUUCCCUGCGGCUCCAGACCUAUCGAACAAACGAGCAGAUGAUGCAGGCCAUGAAGGGUGCCACGAUGGCAUUGGGCAGCAUGAACAGGUCCAUGAACCUCCCCCAGCUCCAACGCAUUGCCAUGGAAUUCGAACGCGAAAACGACAUUAUGGAGCAGAGGCAAGAGAUGAUGGAUGACGCCGUUGAUGACGCAAUGGACGUUGGUAUCGAGGAAGAAGGCGACGAGGUUGUUGAGCAAGUCUUGGAGGAGAUUGGUAUCGACCUGAACCAAGCUCUUGGGGAGACUCCAACCGCCUUGGGCAACUCUGCCGUGUCCGAGGGCAAGAUUGCGCAGGCCGUUGGGGCCGGAGGCGGUAGCGGUGACCCAGUCGAUGAUGACCUUCAGGCCCGGCUCGACAGCCUUCGAAAGUAA